UUAAUGGAAUCUAAUUAACUUGGCGUAGUAUCGACGAAAUUGCAAUCAGUACGCGCGGUGAACGUCGAAAGAGCGUCAUGAGACUCCAAAUCGUCCUAAAAUCGCCCUAAAAACCCGUAUUUGGCUCAACGUGCUUGAAUUUCUUGAAAUUCUAAUAAUUAUAAAACUAACCUCAAAAUUAGUCAUGGAUCAUGCCAGAUUCAUAAGUGUUGUCAAGCAGUUCCCGCAAGUGUGGGAUCGAAAUUGCGCUACUUUCAGGGAGCAAAGCCUAAAAAGUGAAGCAUGGGAACGGAUCGGCGAAAUUAUGAAUUGUCCAGCUUCGUCGUGUAAAGACACGUUCAAGAGUUUGCGGGAGAAAUAUGUGAGAGAAAGGGAAAAACAGGCCAUGUAUGCGGAUAAAUACAUAGCUUGGCAGCAUCUGGAAAGCCUAUCUUUCCUGGACCCCCAUAUCAUCCUCAGAAAGCAGUCUCUGAACUAUGAGGCGGACAUGUCAAAGGUACCCCUCGACGAGGCUAAAAUGAACAUGGCGGAUGAGUCAUUUUUCGUUCAACUGGCGGAAAAUUAUAGCGAUUUUGACAAAACUUUGAUAGCGUUAGUGCGCAAGGCGAGCCCCAUUUGGGACCGCAAAAGCAACGGUUACCCCAGCAAACAGGUGAAAUACCAGCUGUGGCGAGGCAUAGCUCAAGCCAUGAACAAGGAUAUCAAUGUUUGUAUGAUGCGCUGGAAAGGGCUUAGGGAGAAAUACAUUCGCCAGAAAAAUAAGUUCCAAGAAGGCGAAGGCAAGUGGGAGUUUUUGGACGACAUGUCAUUCCUGGAUAAGGUGAUCCAAUACCGGCGCAAGAAUUGCGAGCCGGAUGUGAGCUUUCGUCCCCAGAAUGGCCCCACUGAGGGGUUUCCGUUUCACAAUGAUAUGUAUGAUGACAAUUCGGUGAAUUCGUCGUCAAACGAUUUUAUUCCGGCUGUAAAAAGUGAGGAUUUUGGAUGUGAUAUGCAGGAUAGUUCCUACGAUUCCGGGAUGGCUAGUUCCGGAAGGAAGAGGUCGGCAAGUGACAAUAGCGAGUCGUCAUACGAAAAGAGGGAAAAAGUCGAAGAGAUUCAAAAAAGUCCCGAAGUUAUGUUUGGCGAAUUGGUGGCAGCAAUGCUUGCGAAAAAGACUGAAAGGGACAAAAAUAUAGCCAUGAUCGAAAUUAUGAAGGUGUUGACCAAGUGAUGGAUCUCAGAGGGUAUAUUUUCUCGGAAUAGUGUUUUGGAUAUUAUUUUUUACAUUUAUGUAAUUAGCGUUAUCUUUUAAUGACUGAAUGUCGUAACUGUGUAAGUAUUUCUGAGUGUACCAAUUGAGUUUUUUUAUUUUGUUAUGAAUAUAAUUAUUUUAGUUAAAAAAUAUAGCGUAAAUGUUCAAUGCGAAAUAAUUUAUGCCAUUUUACAUUAACUAAAUUGAUAUAUGAAUA